AGAGGGCCUGGUAGGUCGCCGGGGGGACUUUGGCUUUGACGCUGAGUGAGAUGGGAGGCACUGAAAGGUUCAGAGCGGGAGGAGGAGGGACCUGACUAGUGUCCUAUCACUGCUCCUGAGUUGGGGCUCUGCUGGGUUGGUGAGGGUGAAAUAAGGGGACCACUGCAGGUAAUUACGAGGUCUAGGGUCCUUAUUCAGGUCGAAGCUUCUGAGGGAGUGACUUUGAUAUCCUUACAGGAGGUGCAUGCACCGUGGCUUCAAGGUCUGUGCACCUUGUCUUGGUGUGGGGUUACCGAUUCCAUUCUACUGACCUCUACCUUACCGCUGGCCUCCUGAACCUAGCCUCACUCCCCCGGUUCUGAGUCUUAUUUUCUUAAGCUUGAAACCUGUCUCUUUUUCUUGUUGUUGUUGUCUCUGGACCUUCCCUCACCCCUGCUGCCUUGUGCAAAUUGGAACUCCACACUUGGAUCCUCAUCUGACUCUGAGUUGGACUCUACAGGUGCAGGUUUCUGCGCGUGGUUCCGGGCAGCUGGGGAAUGAGACCCGAGUGUCGCUGUUCCUUCUGGAAGGGCUGGCCGACGCAGAGGCGUUGAGGCCCUUGCUCUUUGUGAUCUUUCUGCUGGUCCACAGCGUGGCUGGGCAUUGCCAGCCUUACUGUGAUGGACUCCCGACUCCACACUCCCAUGUACGACUUCUUAGUCAACCUCUCACUGCUGGACACUGCCUAUAUCUCCAGCACGGGGCCUCAGGUGCUGGAACACCUGCUGGCAGCAGUGCGGACCGUGCCCUAUUGUGCUUGUCUUCCCCAGAUCUUCUUUCUCCACUUCCUGGCUCCCUGGGAGUGCUUCCUGCUCACAGCCAUGGCCUAUGACCGCUAUGCAGCCAUCGGCCGGCCACCGCACCACCUAGUCCUCAUGGGCCGUCGGCGGACCCGGGCAGGAAUGGCUUCCACCUCCCGCCUGCUUGCCUUGGCCGAUGCGGUCGCCCACACCGUCCUUGCAGCUCCACUGAGGUUCUGCGGGCCUCGCCUCAUCACCCACUUCUCCUGUGGCCUCCCUCCACUGACCGGACUCUCUUGCUCAAGCACGUGGGCCAGCGAACUUGCCCUGUUCGUCUUCAGUUUCGUGCUGGCUCUUGCAGCCCGUGCCCCGGUUGCGAUCUCCUGUGUACGUGUUGUGGCUGCGAUUCUCAGGAUUCACUCCGCUGAGGGCCGAAGAGAAGCCUUUUCCACCUGUGGUGCUCACACCACCGUGGUCUGCAUUUUCUACAUCGCUCCAGUCCUCUGCUACAUCCUCCCCAGCUCCGCGUGCUCUGGCUUGCGGGACCGGGUGCUCCCUGUGCCGUACGUCGUCCUCACCCCCAUGCUCAACCCCGUCAUCUACAGCAUGCGAAACAAGGAGGUGAAGAGGGCUUUGUUCAAGGCCCUCGGGAAAGAAAGUGCCUCCUGGGCACCGGUCACAUCAAAUCAACGAGGAGUGUCCCCGGCUCAGGAGUUUCUCACAUCCGAAUGUGCUCCCAGUGCGAGGUGCCUGUCAGUCUCCACCUGCUCCACACCCCACCCUCGUCGCACACUGGAUGCCGUAUGGAUCCCUCCCUGUACAAUGUAUUACACGAAGGCACCAAUUUUGCUGUGGACCAGAGCCAGGCUGUGACGUUUGCAUGGGACAUGGGAAGGGGCGUGGCCCUCGUACACACUCUAGAGCCCCUCAUCCCACGACACGCACUCAGCAGCCGUAGUGUAAUGAUUGAUGAGGACAUGACUGCCCGAAUCAGCACGGCCGACGUCAGGUUCUCCUUCCAAUGCCCUGGGCGCAGGUAUGCACCUGCCUGGGUGGCCCCUGAAGCUCUGCACAAGAAGCCUGAAGAUACAAACAGACGCUGAGCAGACACGGGGAGUUUUGCAGUGCUUCUGUGGGAACUGGUGACACGGGAGGUACCCUUUGCUGACCUCUCCAACACGGAGAUUGGAAUGAAGGUGGCACUGGAAGGCCUUCGGCCUACCAUCCCACCAGGCAUUUACCCCCGUGUGUGUAAGCUCAUGAAGAUCUUCUCCAGGGUGGGGCUGGCACAUGCCAGUGCUUUGGGGGUGAAUCCAAUCACACAGGAGUUUGAAAUUUCAUGCACGUGAUCCAUUUGGUGAAUCCUAUUUUGGGUGCCAGGUUUCCCCCCAUUUUCAGCAACGAUCAAGUAUUUCUGUUGCUCUUUCCCCCCCCCCCUUAUUCUAAAACACUGCUUUCUAUUUAUGGAAGUAAAACAUGGUCAUUGCA